AUGGGUCCAUCUAGUUCAUCUUAUACACUACAAGAUGUUGACGGUAGAGCCGCAGAUGUUGCUCUGGGAUGGUCAGUAGCACUUGGUUCUCCUUUUACUUUUGCUACUACUCUUGAGCAAGAGUACAAGAGUGACAUCUUUGGAGAAAGAGGUAUUUUGCUUGGUGCCGUUCACGGAAUUGUGGAGUCUCUGUUCAGAAGGUACACCGAAAAUGGGAUGAGUGAAGACCUUGCUUACAAGAACACAGUAGAGUGUAUCACAGGAAACAUUUCAAGAACUAUCUCUACCCAGGGAAUGUUGGCUGUGUACAACUCCUUGUCUGAAGAAGGUAAAAAGGAAUUCGAGACUGCAUACAGUGCAUCCUUCUAUCCUUGUAUGGAGAUCCUCUAUGAAUGUUACGAGGAUGUAGCAGCUGGCAGCGAAAUCCGGAGUGUUGUCUUAGCCGGUCGUCGUUUCUAUGAUAAGGAAGGUUUGCCUUCAUUCCCAAUGGGAAAGAUUGAUCAGACAAGGAUGUGGAAGGUUGGUGAACGCGUCAGGAAGACAAGACCAGCUGGUGACUUGGGUCCCUUGUACCCCUUCACCGCUGGAGUCUACGUUGCACUUAUGAUGGCUCAGAUCGAGAUCUUGAGGAAGAAGGGUCACUCUUACUCGGAGAUCAUCAACGAGAGCGUGAUUGAAUCUGUGGACUCCCUAAACCCGUUCAUGCACGCUAGAGGUGUGUCCUUCAUGGUGGACAACUGCUCGACCACAGCAAGAUUGGGAUCAAGGAAAUGGGCACCGCGGUUCGACUACAACCUGACCCAACAAGCUCUGGUGGCUGUGGACAACGGUGCAGCAAUCAACAGAGACCUGAUCAGCAACUUCUUCUCUGACCCUGUCCAUGGUGCUAUCGAGGUCUGCGCACAGCUCAGGCCUACCGUCGAUAUCUCUGUGCCUGAGGACGCAGACUUUGUCCGACCAGAGCUGCGCCAGUCUAGCAACUGA